AUGGUGAUGGCACAGUUGGGUGUUUUCAUAACCAACAAGGUUUGCUGGAAUGCCAAGAAUUUGGUGCUUAAAAAAAUUGAAGCCAAGUUCAUCGAGGACUUUAAAGUACUAAAUAAUUAUUCACUUGAGUUGAAGAUGACAAACCCAGGUAGCACUGUAAUUGUUGUGGUGGAAAGAAACAAUCCAACUGAGCUACCUGUAUUCCAGAAAAUUUAUAUCUGCCUCAGUGAUGCUAAAGAAGGGUUUUUAGCUAGUUGUAGGAAGCUUGUUGGUUUAGAUGGUUGUUUUCUUAAAGGGUUGCUUAAAGGACAAUUACUUGUUGCUGUUGGGAGACAUGGAAACAACCAGAUGUUUCCAGUGGCAUGGACAAUAGUUCAGAAAGAGACAAGUGAAGCAUGGUCCUGGUUUCUUGAACAUUUGAGGUCAACAAGCCUCUCUGAGAUGCAGAAGCAAUUGGACCAAACGAGAAAACUAAAGGGAGGAGACAAAGCUGUGGAUGAACUACUAGAAAAAUGGCCUAUUCAAGGUUGGUGCAAGGCCUUUUUCUCAGAGGUAAUUAAAUGCGAGGCAAUUGACAACAACAUGUGUGAGGUUUUUAAUGGUGUAAUCCUAGAUGAAAGGGGCAAACCAGUGAUUUUUAUGCUUGAAGACUUAAGACAGUAUGUUAUUUCAAGGAUUGCAGUGAAGAGAGAAUAUGCCAAUAAGUGGAAAGGGAAUUAUGGACCUAAUAUUGUUGCCAAGCUUGAGAAAGAAAAACAAAAGUGGAACAAAACAGGCAUACCAUACCAACAUGCAAUGGCUGCCAUUGCCUUUAAAGGAGAAGACCCAGUUAAUUACCUUGCUCAUUGGUUUAGUAAGGAGACAUACUUAAAAGCAUAUGAAUCCCUUGUCAGCCCAACAAUGAGGAGUACAAAAAUUGUUACUGCAGCUACAAAGAAAAACCAAGAUAAAGAAGUUGAACAACUGACCACUGCAUCAUUUGUGUUUCCAGAACUCUCUAUGCAACAAAGCAUAACAUCUCCAGCAACCAAAGACAAGUCUAAUCCUUGA